UCAUAGACAUGAUUGCGGAGGAUUGGGUAAAACCAAAAAAUACGCAAGAGAGAAAUAUAAUGAUCAGAAGAGCGCAGAGUGCACGCAUAAUUAUUACGUGCGCAUAUUGCAUUAUGGUAGUAACAUGCAUUUUUGUUAUUAUUCUACCUGCCUUUGGAAUAUCAAUGAGAGAAACGACCAACAUUACUGAUCCAGGCAGACCAAUGCCUCUACAAAGUCAUUACAUUUACGAUGUAACAAAACGACCGUAUUACGAACUGACGUUUAUCAGUCAAUCUAUUUAUAUUAUUCUUGCCAUGAUGUCCUAUAGUGGUAUUGAUAAUUUUCUCGGACUGUUAGCUUUUCAUAUAUCCGGCCAACUGGAUAUUCUCAAAGAACGUUUGAUACACUCGGAUGAAUACAUUAACUCUUAUGACAUAUUAAAGAAAUGCAUGGCAGAACACAUUCGUUUACUUAGAGCCAUUGCCAUUAUUGAAGAUGCGUAUAAUAUAAUACUUCUCUCAUUAUUUGUAUACUUUGGAAUACACUUCUCUUUCUACGGUUUCCGCAUAAUUAAUCUAUUUGACGAAGAAAAUGACUUGUCUGUCACUCAGUUGGCAUACUUUAUAUCCAUAUUGCUUAAUUUAUUUGGACAUAUGGGUCUAUAUUGUGCUGUCGGUGAGUUUAUAGUGAUCCAAUGUAAUGAAAUAUAUUAUGCGGCCUACAGUACUAAAUGGUAUUCCGCGGAUCCAAAAAUUGCACGAGAUUUAUUGUUUUUGCUUACAAGUAGAGAUGCGCACGAGACGAGAUAAAUCUCGAUCUUGUCUCGAUCUCGUCUCGAAAUCGAGACGAGAUU